AGCAGUCUCUCACUUCUGGCCAGGGAACGUGGAAGGCGUACCGGCUGGGAGCCGGUUAGGGAGGGCGAAUUGGGGGGAACGAGAGAGCAAUUAGAAAGAAAGGGGGUUCAACCAAAUAAUCCCAGAAGCAGGCUCAAGCCCAGGCUGGAGCAAGGGAGAGCGGGCGCAAGAAAGCGCAGCCCCGGAGCAGCUCCACCUGGCAGAGUGCGCUCGGCACUGACUUUUGCGGCUGCUUUCCUUUUCCCUUUCCUCUUUUAAAACCGAGAAGGCGCCGGCGGCGGCCGCACACGCGAGCGCCACGCGAGGCUCCCGAAGCCAACCGCGGCGGGAGGAGGGGAGGGAGGAGGCGGCGCAGAGGGAAGACGAUCGCCCAGGCACCUUCCUCCGCUGCAGCCUGACAACUCUGCCUCCUUCUGCGCGUUUCUUCCCCUUUAACUUUCCUCCGGGGCUCGUUUCUCCCCUCUCCUUUUUCUUCGUCCCCCUUUGAUCGUGCUUCGCAGCCCCGCUUCCUUCAAGGGCUCUGCGCACCCUGCGUCCCCAACUCGUUCUCCCCCGCGACAGUUUGGCCCGGCAUGGAGAGCUCUGGCAAGAUGGAGAGUGGAGCCGGCCAGCAGCCGCAGCCCCCGCAGCCCUUCCUGCCUCCCGCAGCCUGCUUCUUUGCGACCGCGGCGGCGGCGGCAGCGGCGGCGGCCGCGGCAGCUCAGAGCGCGCAGCAGCAACAGCCGCAGGCGCCGCCGCAGCAGGCGCCGCAGCUGAGCCCGGUGGCCGACAGCCAGCCCUCAGGGGGCGGUCACAAGUCAGCGGCCAAGCAGGUCAAGCGCCAGCGCUCGUCCUCUCCGGAACUGAUGCGCUGCAAACGCCGGCUCAACUUCAGCGGCUUCGGCUACAGCCUGCCACAGCAGCAGCCGGCCGCCGUGGCGCGCCGCAACGAGCGCGAGCGCAACCGGGUCAAGUUGGUCAACCUGGGUUUUGCCACCCUCCGGGAGCAUGUCCCCAACGGCGCGGCCAACAAGAAGAUGAGCAAGGUGGAGACGCUGCGCUCGGCGGUCGAGUACAUCCGCGCGCUGCAGCAGCUGCUGGACGAGCACGACGCGGUGAGCGCUGCCUUUCAGGCGGGCGUCCUGUCGCCCACCAUCUCCCCCAACUACUCCAACGACUUGAACUCUAUGGCGGGUUCUCCGGUCUCGUCCUACUCCUCCGACGAGGGAUCCUACGACCCUCUUAGCCCAGAGGAACAAGAGCUGCUGGACUUUACCAACUGGUUCUGAGGACCUGCCAGGCUCUCCUGGGAAUGGACUUUGGAAGCAGGAUGGCAGCAGAUCCUGCAUCUUUAGUGUUUCUCGCCAACGACGUCAAAUGGGGAGGCAGAAAAACAAGGGGAAAAAAGAAGAAGAAAUGAAACAAACAAACCAGACAGCCAACCUACAGGGGCACCUUCACUAAGAUGCAAUGUUCUCAGCAAACAGGGGUGGGCUCCAACAGUGUCUCUGCAUUCCAACAUCAUUUCCAGACACGAGAAGAGUGACUGGUGUCUGAACCUAAGCCCGAAUCACAGAUGGGUUCCUUUCCUGGAGCAAGAGCGUCACACACACACACACACACACAGACAGACACUAUAUUAACUCCCAACCACUAACAGGCAGGGCUGGAAGCGCGCAUGUGCAAGUGCCUUCACCUCCCACUCUCUGUCAGAGCUGUCUUAGCCCCCUGAAACUGGGUUGAUGUCUUUCCUCAGUCACCCCCAUUCCAGCGAUCUAUGGACAUUUGCCUCCAUUGAAGCAACGUCAGUUCUCGGACAGCCUUUCCCUCUCCUGGUGGCCUCCUCCCCAAACCCCACAUCGCCCUCCCACGGUCUUUGCUUCUGUUUUCUUCAUAGAAUGCUUCCAAUCUUUGUGAAUUUUUUUAUUAUAAGAAAAAAAUCUAUUUGUAUCUAUCCUAACCAGUUUGGGGAUAUAUUAAGAUAUUUUUGUACAUAAGAAAAAGAGAGAGAAAAAAUUUAUAGAAGUUUUGUACAAAUGGUUUAAAAAUGUGUAUAUCUUGAUACUUUAACAUGUAAUGAGAUUACCUCUGCGUACUUUAGAUAUGUAGUUCAUCUUACAACUGCCAUCCCCACCCCCAUCCCCAGUGUGGUUUUGGAAAGAACUCUCCUCAUAGGUGAGAUCUAAAUGCCACCAGAAUGACUUCAGCACCAAUGUGUCUUACUUCACAGAAACGUGGUUAAUGUAUUAAUGAUGUUAUUAAAAAAAACUGUUCAAGAAGAACAAAAGUUUAUGCAGCUACUGUCCAAACGCAAAGUGGCAGCCCGUUGGUUCCCAUAGGUUGCCUUUUGGAAGUUUCUACCAUUGCCUUCCCCCUCACACCCACCCCUUACUGUUUUAUUACAAACUUACAAAAAAAAGUGUAUAACCCUGUUUUAUACAAACUAGUUUUGUAAUAAAACUUUUUCCUUUUUUAUAUAAAAAGAAGAGAGAGAGAGAAUGA